AUGGGGUCGGUGGUGAUCCCCCAGCUCCCGCAGGUAGCCCCGAUGCCCCGAGGUGAUGGCCGAGGACCGAGGUACGGCAGUGCCAGCAGUGCGUGUUCCCCGUGUUUUCCCCCCGGGGUGGUAGGGCCGGGGCUCACCCCUAGUGUCCCCUCAGAUGUUCGAUUUGUGACCGAGGAGAGCUUCGACUUCGGAGUGCUGUCCCCUUCUGACAGCCAGGAGGAAGAAGAGGAUGAGGAGAGCCCAGGCGGGGGAUGCCAGCGCGGAGGCAGCAAUGGGCGCUGGAGUCCCCUGCGUGGGGCCCGUCUGGAGGAGAUGGUGCGGGAGGCUACGCGCCUGGCAGCACAGCUGGAGGGGUGUCAUUUGCCCCCUCCCGCUCCUGGAGACACUCUAGGAACCGCUGCCACGCCUCCCGGCACCCCACGCAGCCCCCGCCGCCAGACCUUCGUGGUGAAGGAUAGCCCGGUGCGGGCGCUCCUGCCCACCGUGGAGUCACAGGCACCUGCCCCCACCCCUCGCCCACCCGCCAAGCCCCGGGGGCCCUCUGCUGCCACCAGUGUCCCCAAGGCAUCCGCCAGUCGUCACUCCACAGCAACACCAAAGGGACCCUCUGGGGGCAGGGGGCUCCCCCCCAGCCGCGUGGGCCCUCCCCGGCCAUGCCCUCCCCAGGGACAGGGGGCUGGUGCCCGGGGCAGGUCAGAGCCCCCCCGAGGGGGGACAGCAGGCCAGCCUAAGGCGAGGGGGAGCACAGUCCCCUGCCCCUCCACCACCCGCCAGGCCCACGCCAGAAGCACCAGCACCCCUGUCCCCUCCAGCCGUUCCCCUGCACCCACCACUCUCCCCAAGGUGUCCCCUCGGACCCCAGCAGUAGGCGGGAGGACACCCACCCCCAGAGGUAAGGAUGAAGUGGGGUUGUGGUGGCACAGGGGAUGCCCCCUCCCCUGUGCCUCAGUUUCCCCAUUGUUUCUCUCCCCUUUGCAGGUGCGGGGGCAGCACGGGUGGCCUCCCCAACUGCUGCCUCAGGGUGCAAACCAGGACCACCCCCUGCCCGCCUGCGGCCUCCCCGCAAGACGGCAGUGA